GAGAGGGAGGGAAAGAGAGCAGGAGCACUCCGCAGUAGCAAGGAACGAGUCAAACAGUGCAAGAACCAAAGUAGAGCUAGAAAGAUAGAGAGAGAUAUAGAGGGAGGUAGAUAGAGAGAGUUUAGUGUAAUGCAGAGAACACAUCAGCCUGUUUAAAGCAGUACAGUAACAGAGGAGAGGAAUAGAUUAAUGUAAGAAUUUCAAACAGGGAGAAAAGAGUGCUGUGUUGGACCCUUUUGCUCUUGGACAGGACAGAGACAGAGGAGAAAGGGGGAAAAGAGGAAUAAGACGUGUUUGCCAGAGGAGCCCUCGCAUGCUGAACUCCUGACACACACACACACAUACACACACACACACACACAUUCAGAGAGAGCUUUCUCCCCCUGCGGCAGCUGCAGAGAGAGAGAGUGAGAGAGCCUGCCGUUCCUCUGGAGUCUACGGGACCAUGGCACCUGUCAGAGACGGAGCGGCGCUACGCUGAGUGUGUACACACAUAGACACACUCAGAGGGAGAGAGAGAGAGAGAGAAGGGGAAAGGACCAGUACAAAGUUUUAUUGUUAGUGUCAAACACUCUCGUCUGGACCCUCACAACCACACAAACAAAGCUACAGCAACAAGGACACCAAGCCCUUCCACAGCGACUGCUGCCAACCGACCAACCAAAAUCCAGCAUAACCAUCACCACUUCUGCUAGCGCCUGAAGAUGAUGACGAUGAUGAUGGUGAUGACAGUGAUGUGCAGCUCAUCACUGCUGCUCGGGCUGAUCACUGUCAGCGCGUCGUCCAGUGGAUCUUCAUCAUCUGCAUCUUCUACCUCAUCGUCAUCCUCACCAAGGAUGAAGCUUACUUACAAAGAGCUCCAGCAGUUUAACGGUGUGAAGAGGUUCGAGUUGGAACGCUCAUGCUGUUUUGGAGCGCUGCUAUUGGACGAGGAGAGAGGACGGCUGUUUGUUGGAGCGCGCAACUUCCUGUUGUCUCUCAGUUUGGACAACAUCGCCAAACAAGAACAAAAGAUCUACUGGCCAGCACCUGUGGACUGGAGGGAGGAGUGCAACUGGGCAGGGAAAGACAUCAAUACGGACUGUGUUAACUACGUGAAGGUGUUGCAUCACUUUAACCGCACUCACCUGUAUGCGUGCGGGACAGGAGCCUUCCACCCCACCUGUGCUUACGUGGAGGUCGGACAGAAGAUGGAGGAUCAUGUGUUUCGGAUCGAUCCAUCUCUAGUAGAAGACGGUAAAGGGAAGAGUCCAUAUGACCCACGUCAUGCAGCAGCCUCUGUCCUGAUAGGUGAUGAGCUGUAUUCAGGCGUGGCCACUGACUUGAUGGGGCGGGACUUCACAAUUUUCCGCAGUCUGGGCCAGAGACCCUCCAUACGAACUGAACAACACGACUCUCGCUGGCUCAACGAACCGAAGUUUGUUGGCGCUUUUGCAGUUCCAGAGAGCGAAAACCCUGAUGACGAUAAAGUUUUCUUCUUCUUCCGAGAAACGGCCGUCGAAGCUCAAGGCUUUGGCAAGGUCACCUACGCUCGGAUUGGCCAGCUGUGCCGGAAUGAUAUGGGAGGACAGAGAAGUUUGGUGAAUAAGUGGACGACGUUUCUGAAGACUCGACUCGUCUGCUCUGUGCCGGGCAACGAAGGCAGCGAGACACAUUUUGAUGAGCUCAGGGACGUGUUCCUGCUGCAGACCCGAGAUAGGAAGAAUCCACUGGUCUACACUGUCUUCUCCACUUCCAGUAGUGUAUUCCGAGGCUCAGCCGUGUGUCUGUACACUAUGAAUGACAUCCGCAGGGCGUUUCUGGGGCCGUUUGCCCAUAAAGAAGGACCCAAUUAUCAGUGGGUGCCCUACCAGGGCAAAGUCCCUUACCCGCGACCAGGCAUGUGUCCAAGUAAGACGUUUGGCAGUUUUGAGUCCACUAAGGGCUUCCCAGACAACGUGAUCCAGUUUGCACGUCAUCAUCCACUAAUGUAUAACCCAGUAAUGCCGCUGGGGAGCCGCCCGCUGUUCCUGCGCACUGGAAUUCCCUACAGCUUCACACAGAUUGCAGUGGACCGCGUCAACGCAGCUGAUGGUCACUAUGACGUCAUGUUCAUCGGAACAGAUGUUGGCACAGUGCUGAAGGUGAUCUCUGUGCCCAAGGGAGGCUGGAGCAACACAGAGCUGCUCCUGGAGGAGCUGCAGGUCUUCAAGGACUCUUCAUCCAUCAUCAACAUGCAGAUCUCCUCCAAACGACAACAGCUCUAUGUGGGUUCUGAUACAGGGCUUGCUCAGGUGCCUCUGCAUCGCUGCAGUAUGUACGGUAAAGCAUGUGCUGAGUGCUGCUUGGCCCGAGACCCCUACUGCGCCUGGGAUGGACAUGCAUGCACGCGUUACCUGCCCAACACCAAACGGCGGUUCCGUCGCCAGGAUGUAAGGAAUGGUGAUCCUAACACACUCUGCUCAGGAGAUCACCAGAAACAGCGUGUUUUGGAGAAGAAGCUGUAUGCAGUGGAGGGCAGCAGCUCCUUCCUGGAGUGCAUUCCCAAAUCACUGCAGGCUCAGGUCACCUGGACCUACCAGAGACACCCCAACAACCAACGAGAGGAGGUGCGUCUGGACGACCGCGUACUUCAGAUGGACCGUGGCUUGCUGCUGCGGCGCGUGGUGCGUAGAGACGGGGGUGUGUACCAGUGCCAUGCGAUGGAGCACGGAUUCACCCAAACUCUCUUGGGCAUCACACUUGAGGUUGUGCCAUCUACAGGCCCUGCCCCUCCUCACAGCCCUGUCCACAGCCAAGGACAGUCCUCCACCAAUCAGAAGCUGUGGUACAGAGACUUCAUGCAGCUGGUUGAUCACCCCAACCUGAGCACGGUUGACCAGAUCUGUGAGCAGGUGUGGUCACGUAAGCACGGCCAGUCAUCCAAAGGCAUUUCAGAGCCAGCUAACGAGGCACCACCUAUUGACCCCCUUCAGUCAACGCACAAAAAGUGGAAGCAUCUAAAGGAGGUGAGAAAGGGGCGGAACCGCAGAACACAUGAUGGAAGACCCGCCCCCCGAGCGCCUCGGAGCGCAGGAGAGUAACAAGGGAUAAGGAGAGUGGGAGGAAGAGAGACUGAGAAA